AUGAAGCUAGGAGCCUUCCUUCUCUUGGUGUCCCUGGUCACCCUCAGCCUAGAAGUACAGGAGCUUCAGGCUGCAGUGAGACCACUGCAACUUUUAGGCACCUGCGCUGAGCUCUGCAGAGGUGACUGGGACUGUGGACCAGGGGAGCAAUGUAUCAGCACUGAGUGUAGCCAUGUCUGUGCUACAAACUAAGAGCAGCUUCUACCUGGAAAGAUGUGGCUGUUUGGAGCUCCUUGCCCAGGAAAGUUGAUGAAAAUGGGGCCUAUGGAUGGAGACUACAUGGAGCACGUGGGGA